AUGCCCUUAAUGAUGGAGGACGGCAUCAAUGUCGACGAUCUGUUUGGUGAAAAUGCCUCGCUGGACCUGGGCUUGCCCCCGGGCAACUCCACGGUCUCGGCAAAAGGCCUGGCCCAGCGUUUGGACGAGACGAGACUACUUGGUUGUUGCCAGAAGAUUGCUUGGUCAAGGUUUGGGUGCAUUGCUUACAUAUCGCAAAACUCUACAAGAGUAAAUGUCCGCCAUUUGCACUGUCAACCGUCUGAUGGAAGAUGGGUGUUGAGUGAGGAAACUCCAUUGAACCAAAUCACGGAAGCUCAUGGUGGACAUACCCUUGUUCAUCUGUGUUGGAAUGAAGCCGGGUCUGAGUUAGCGGUCGCCGACUCGUCUGGCCGAGUUUCCAUCUGCUCAAUUCCCAUUGCCUUGAACAGCGUAAAUGGAGCUCGUCCGGCAAUAUUAGAUACUGAGGACGAUGGAGGUCAGAUUGUUGGCAUGAUGUGGCUGAAUCAACAGCGUUCUGUACAUUCGUUCUAUCAAGCCGCCAAGGUGCAGGGCCGCUGGGCAUACUCGCCCUUUCGACGACGCCCAAUAGGCCCUUUUCAUGCUGCUGGCAAAGCAGCGCUGCUUUGCAUCACAAGAUCCGGAGUCAUGAAGCUUCUGUACCAGAACCCGGACAACCGAUGGGCCGAGAUCACAGCAGAGCUAAAAAACACAAGCUAUUCAGAUAGACUUCUGACUCAUGCAGCCAUAGUUGCAACGCAAGCCGGCAUUCUCAUCGCCACGCAUUCCGCAUGCCAGAAAAUCUCACUCUACCGGGUGCAAAUCCAGUGGAAUCCUCCACAGUGGGAUCAAGCACAACAGAAGCAAAAUCCGCCGCAAUUUCCAGUUCCUAGCUUCCGCUUUCUUCACGCCAAGGUUGAGGUACCUUAUAAUAUACCAAGCCACCGCGGAGUGGGCGGGAACCCCGAUGAACAAUUCCCUGUUACUAAUUCUCUUUACUGCCUUACAUCCUUACAAAUAAUUCUUCCCGCAUCCGACAACUCUGCAGGAUCCACUCCGAACCCUUGGGUUGUCGCUGUCUUUUCUAUUCCCCCACUCGCCGUUCUGCACCAUCAACAGCCACAGGUACCGUCAAGUGUCAUUGUUCGCUGGCAGCUAGAAUCUGGCGUGCCUACAUUACACCCAAAAUUCGACGAAGUGAACUCGAAAAAGAGCAAUGUACAGAUAAAGCCGAAAACAGUCUUGCGUCGCCUUGACGAUAUUACCUCAGACCGUCAUGUUAUUUCGGUAGAUCAGACUGAGUACGGCAAUGUCCUUGCUAUAUCAUAUGAUGAUAGCUCCAUCGCCUUCUACGACCCCAAGACCAUGGCUGUAUUCAGCGGUGUGGACGACGCAAACACAGUGACCAGUCUUGCUCAAGCAGGGUUUCACUACCCGCUCGAUUCGCCAGCACUACAUAUCAGCUUCUCACCUAGCGCCUGUGUUGCUGUUGGACUCGAUAGCGAUGGGCAGACUCAUCUUCGAGUGAUGCAGCACUCUUACGGAGAAGAAAGCGGGUUCUAUGAUGAAAACAAAUUUUCAGCCGCUAUUGCUGCACUGACACUCGGAUUCUGCCGUGGAUGUGGCGGGGAAGUAAAUACAGACGAUAUACUAUUGAUCCUGGUCCGCCAACUAUCGCCGGAUUAUCAAUCAGCUUUUAUAAACGAAGUGUACAGGGCUUUGACCAUCAACUGCAAUUUCACAACAGAACAGGAUAAAUUGAUGAACCACCCAUAUAUCCCGCGUGCCCUGAGUAUACAAGCGGCGCUGAGCUUUACGGGCAAGUACAAGUCCCGUGCCAUCACGUCUGCGGUUCCAUGGGCCAUUCUCCAACUCCGCCAGGCGGCUUUCAUAUAUCCAUUCUUCUUCCAAUACAACAAAGGGGUUCAGGCAGCUGAGCCACAUGAUCCUGAUGUUCUACGCAUGGUUCUUGGAAAUACCAGAUGGGCAUUGGACUUUUCUCUCUACAUCCUAAACGAACUAUUCGACCUUGCCGACGAAUUUGAAAGCGUUGCAUCCGACCAAGAAGCCUUUACCCAGAAAUUAAAAUCAACAACAUCCCUCCCCCUAAUAAUCCUUCUAAGCAGCAUGUCCCGCGCCUUCCUACGCUUCAUCUGCCGCGGCCUCCGAGGCAUUCACGCAGGCUACGCCUCCUCCGCCCCUCUAACCGGCGACGCCCACGUCCAUUACACGGAAAUCUGCCAAACGCUGGACGCCUCGCCCGUCCGCAUCGACGUAUACGAGAAAUUCCUCGCGGGAGUCGACUCCGCUGUCAAACACGCCUACACGGGCUCCGGCUUCGGAGACAACGAGCGGCCCGCCCCCGAGAAGGAACUCCUUAUGAAUUCCCGCAUUCCGCCUGUUCUCGUGAAUGCGGUCUCGACAAUUCUCCGCCAGACGGUUCCGGCUAUGCGAGGGGAAAUGGACCGGAUGGCGAUCUACCUGGGUGACUAUAGCUGGCUUGGGUUCGGGACGGAUGCGAAGACCGAGGCGUAUCGGAGAUCAAGAGAGGUCGACAUCAUCAAGAAGACGCCCGUCAUGGGGGUUCCGAACGUGGAUGGGACUAGCCAGGGGUCGAAGAACGGCACCAACAGCACCAACAACGGGAGUGGAACGCCGCAGGGCGUCUUGAGGAGACGCUGUGUGCGCUGCUGCGAGGUGUCUGAGGCGGUGUAUCCGCCGCGGUCGGUGUUGGCGUUUCGGAUGAUCUAUAAGUUGGGGCAUUUGAGGGCUUGUAUCUGUGGUGGGAUGUGGAAUCUGGAAUCUGGGGUGACUAGUUAG